CCCCCUGCCCGGCUGCUCCAGUAGUCCUCAGGGCCAGGCCCCGCCCCGCGCCCGGCCGCUCCAGGCCCCGCCCCGCCCCCUCAGAGCGCGCUCGGCUCGGCAGCCUGUGGGACGCGAUCGCCGCGCUUGUCUCGCUCCUUUGUGCUCGGGCGGCUGCGACCUCUCGGGUCCUUCCCGACGCAUCCUCGGCCAGCGAGCUCCGUGCUCUCCGGUGACAGACCAUGUCGGCGGCGGGAGCGGGCGCGGGCGUGGAGGCGGGCUUCUCCAGCGAGGAGCUGCUGUCGCUCCGCUUCCCGCUGCACCGCGCCUGCCGCGAUGGGGACCUGGCCACGCUCUGCUCGCUGCUGCAGCAGACGCCGCGCGCCCACCUGGCCUCUGAGGACUCCUUCUAUGGCUGGACGCCCGUGCACUGGGCCGCGCAUUUCGGCAAGUUGGAGUGCUUAAUGCAGUUGGUGAGAGCCGGAGCCACACUCAACGUCUCCACCACGCGGUACGCGCAGACGCCAGCCCACAUUGCGGCCUUUGGGGGACAUCCUCAGUGCCUGAUCUGGCUGAUUCAAGCAGGAGCCAACAUUAACAAACCGGAUUGUGAGGGUGAAACUCCCAUUCACAAGGCAGCUCGCUCUGGGAGCCUAGACUGCAUCAGUGCCCUUGUGGCGAAUGGGGCUCACAUCGACCUGAGAAAUGCCAGUGGCCUGACAGCAGCAGACAUUGCACAAACCCAGGGUUUCCAAGAGUGUGCCCAGUUUCUCUUGAACCUCCAGAAUUGUCAUCUGAACCAUUUCUAUAACAAUGGCAUCUUAAAUGGGGGUCAUCAGAAUGUAUUUCCUAAUCAUAUUAGUGUGGGAACAAAUCGAAAGAGAAGCUUGGAAGACUCAGAAGCCUUUGGAGUAAAGAAAGCUAGAACUGAAGCUCCAAGCUUGGAUUCUGCCGUACCACUCAUGAAUGGCGACACAGAAGACGAUGCUGACAAAAUGCACGUUGAUAGGGAGUUUGCUGUUGUAACAGGAAGACUUGCAGGGCAUAACAGAAACCUCUGUUGGAGGCAUCCAGGAGAGAUGGUUUUUGAAAGUAACCUAAUAAAUGAAACCCUGGCUGCCAUGGUCAUUUUAAUUGCUGGACUGAGAAGAAGCGACUCCGUGUUGUGCUGUUGGCCCAGGCUGCGUGCGUGAGGACUGUUGGCAGCUAGAGUUCCUGCCUGUAGUCGGCGCUUUCUCUGUUCUGCCAGUGCUCUCCUGGCGUUUUACAGAAGUACUAGGUAGAUUUCUGUGCUACUGAAGAAAAAAAAAGUGGUUCCUUUUAACAGUCCUGAUUUGAGACUCAGGGGAGGGUCAGGUGAUUUAUGAGGAGAGAGUUUUUAAAAACCUUAUAUGAUGCUGUCAUAUCUAGUUCAAAGAACUUCCUUAAUUCACCACUUGAUUUAUCUUUUUUCCCCCUUUUGCUUGAGAACUAGAGAAGUUUGUGUUCUAUUGGAACCCUUCGUAGAACACUUUACAUUCAGUUCUGAUGGACCUUUUUAGGGGCGAUUUUUUAAAAAACUGCUCUCGAAAGUAUUAAAAUGAGAGCACUUUUUUGAUAUCUUUUCGGGACUGUGUUGGUAUUUUUCAUACAGUAUCUUUGUCAGCUUCCAUUUUUCAGUUUAGCUACCUGAUGCUGCUGGCAUGCAUACAGGUUUCUCUUACCAGGCAAACAGUACUGUUAACAUUUUAAUUUUAAGUCUACCUACGCACAUUGAUUUUACUUUGAAAAAAGAACUGGUUUAAAAGGAAAAAAGCAAAAGAAACUAAAUAAGUUCUUUAAAAUUAUAAUGGCAAUGAAGCAUUUUAUAGUUUCUCCUGCCCCAUUGGUUCUGAAUUUUGGUGACAGGUGUAUUUCUUAAUGCAGAUGUGAAAAACAGUAGCUCCGUAUCGAAUACAUUGACAAAUGGAUGUGUCAUCAAUGGACAUUUGGACUUCCCCUCCACGACCCCGCUCAGUGGGAUGGAAAGCAGGAGUGGCCAGUGCUUGACAGAAGCUAACGGAAUUAGCAGUGGAUUAGCCCCAGGACAGCCGUUUCUGCGUAGCCAGGGUUCUGUCUACAUUAGUGGGAAUGAGGAGCCGGAGGAGACCAUGAGAGCUAACUCUGAGUUGUGUGGUUCUCUGCACCUGAAUGGGAGUCCGAGUAGCUGCAUAGCCAGUAGGCCUUCCUGGGUAGAAGACAUUGGGGAUAACCUGUACUAUGGACACUACCACGGGUUUGGGGACACUGCUGAAAGCCUCCCAGAGCUGAACAGUGUGGUCGAGCAUUCCAAUUCCGUGAAGGUGCAGGAGCGGUACGACAGCGCCGUGCUGGGCACCAUGCACCUGUACCACGGCUCCUAGAAGUGCUGCCGGGGCUCUCGGAAACGCAGGAGUCCUUCCUGGCAGCCUGCUCAGAAUCCUGAUGUAGCAGCAACUUGAACGAAUGUCACAAUUUGUACUGUUUUUUUUAUACUUUAACUUUCUGAAAAAGUAAACUUCGACAAGUUCCCAGCGAGUGCUUGUGCAUGAGUCGGGCUUACUGAGUGCAUAGCUGCUUCUACAGGGAGGCGUCCUUUUUAUAAGAUGCACUUUUGGAGUUUUUCUGAUGCCAAUCUCAACAUUGUCUUUUUAAUACUGUCACCAGAUAUUGCUGCUUUUCCUUUUGUUAAAAGAUUAAAUUAUAUGAUCAAGAUAAAUUGGAGCGGUAAAUGAGGUGCCUGGUAAUUUAUCUCUUUGUACAUGGGCAUCAUUUUAAAAAGCUUGCUUCUACUGUUUUCUGUAGAGUUUGGCAGAACACAGCUAUUUCCUAUGCAAGGUGCAGCCUAACAAAGAUUUCUGCAGUGAUUUGUGUGGAGAAGAGAACGUUUGUCUUUUUGAAUUAAGCUUCGCAGAUCACCAUGUGGUGGAAGGUUUUAGUUGUAGACACAGUGGACCCUCCUUUAAUGAUGGAGAUCACUGCCUUGGGCUUCAUGGAAGACAGGCCCCACCUGGGGCUGCGUUCUGAUUUAUUGUUUUAUUCCACAUCUCCUGCUUGGUUCUGGAACUUUUACCACACAGAACAGAUUCCUUUAUAUGUAGUGGAAGUUACUAUUUGUAGGAAUUGUCAGGUCAAAAUAUUUAACUGACUUUUGACAUAUAUUUUCUUUUUUCCUUGUUUUUGUUUUCUGGGGUUUUCUGCUUUAAGAUAUAUACCACUAUAUAUAUCCAGUUAACUGAGAGAAUUUUGACUCUCUUAAUAAAACUGCAUUAAGUUUUUGAUUUUGUAGAAAUUAGCUUUUGUCUAGGCAACUAGUGGUUAUACUGUGCAAACAUUGUAAUGAAUUUUUACUUUUUUGAUUUUUGUAAUAAAAAUUGGUGCAGAUAGAGAAAAUGUCAAAUGAACAAAACAGUGUUUUAAGAGUGUUAAUAACAUUUUAAAACUGUCCUUCACAAAUGGAAUAAAAAACUCACACUCA